GAUUAUGAAGUUUUGAAGCCUUUGGUUGUGCCUUAUAUGGGUUGAAGAGACGCGAUUAUUUUUCAGAGAUUCAAAGAAGGUUUUAACCAUGUGUGAUCGUGAGGGUCCCAGUGGUUCAGGGUCGCAAGGAGGAGACAAAGGAGAAGGGAAAAGAAGUACGUCACAACCAAUGCCUACUGGAUCAAGAGGAAGCAGCUACUUCGCCAACGAGCCACUGCAGUUCAGAGUACGAGGCUCAACAAUCACUGGUGCUUCACCACCCAAGUUUGUGACAUUAGAGGAUAUAAUGAAGGCUGCCCAUGGCAUGCAGAAUAUGGCAUUGGCACAUGAGAUUGCUAUGGAUACCGAUUUUAAGUUGGAGCCAUUUGAACCCCCAGACAACAGCUACCAGAAGCUUGUAAAAGAAACAAUGCAUAAAGCGUAUUUCGAUAUUUUGAGAGAACAACUCAAUUCCGAUCCUCCAGAAUACAAGCAGGCUCUUGUGUUACUUGAGGAUGUUAAACAGGGUCUAUUCUCAAUACUGCUUCCUCGUCACACGCGAAUUCGCGAAAUGAUCGAAGAAGUCCUUGACGCAGACUUUAUAAAGCAACAAGCUGAGAACAACAGCCUCGAUUUUCACAAGUACGCACACUUCGUUGUUGACCUUAUGGCCAAACUUGCUGCACCGGCUAGAGAUGAGAUGAUCCAAAACAUUUCUACGUUAACUGAUACUGUGGACAUCUUCCGUGCGAUUCUGGAAACCCUGGAAGUACUGAAACUCGACCUGGCCAACACGUUGAUCGCGAUGAUCAGACCGCACGUCCAGCAGGAGAGUGUGCACUACGAACGAGCCAAGUUCGAUGAAAUGCUGCAGGUUACGGAAGAUGGUCUGAAGCACACCCGGGAAUGGUUGCAACGGCACAUCAACAAAACAGGCUUGUCCAUACCCGUGACAGACGCGACUAUAAUACGCAACGUAACUGCCCAGACGCUCGCUAAGGCGUACCUUGAAUUGUUAGAGUGGGAUGGCACGCGUGAAUAUCCAGAGACGGUCUCCUUAGACGCCCCCCGCUUCAGUGAGCUAGGUACACAAGUAUACCAUCUGGUAGUAAUAGCAUCUCUGAUGCUGGUCAGUCCGACGUGCGGCACAGACAACGCCGCCGCUGCUCGUCAUAAACAAACGCUCAAAGACAAGCUCUAUAUACUGCUGGAUAAUACUGCUAACGAUAUAGAACUGAAGCAAAUCCUCCCAUCAGUCGCUGAGGAAAUAAUUUUAGUCACGGAACAGCUACUGGAAUCUUUGCAUCAAGAUCCUUUAACCACUGACAUGAAAGAGCUUAUUAGAACUCAGGUCAUUUCCCUGCGAGAUCCUGAACAUCGUGUUCGCCAGAUAGUUCGUCAAAGAGUACUAGAAUUCCUAGAAGUGAUCCUGAUAUGCGCUGGCGGAUCUCGGCAAGUACCAGUCGGUCUUUCUGCUUUAUCACGCGAACUUACCACCGUAUCAGGAACUCUACUACGAUAUGUGAUGCACAACAAGGCUGUUUUCACUAAACACUACUUGGACAUCAUUGCUGAGGAACUUAAGUUACGAGUUAAUGGAGAUUAGCAGUCCUCUCGAGUUGUUGAUCCACAACCAUAUUGAGGACUGUAGUAUUGAUGGAAAUGAUUAUGACGUUUUACACCAUGACAUAAAUUUUAUUAUUUGUGAAAUUACUCUACUGGUUUGUUACCAUUGUUAACACAAAGAUCGAAUAUAAAGAAAAUUUUUCUUCGAACUGACAAUACUGUGCCACGCCAGGACGACCGCUCUACCAAACUACAGAACGAGUCAACAGACCUUUCUAAUUCUUUUACACGUUUGUUACAGAUCUUUGUUUUUCGUUUUACAGUACCAGCCUGUAAAUAUUGCACAUCAGGAAAAUUAGGAAGCCACGAACAUUUCCGAAUGCUGUUGCCGCGUCUAUAACUUAUUGCAUCAACAGACCUUACGAAUUCUUCUACACGUUUGUUACAGGUCUUUGUUUUUGGUUUUACAGUACCAGGCUGUAAAUAUUGCACAUCGGGAAAAUCCGGAAGCCACGAACAUUUCCGAAUGCUGUUGCCGCGUCUGUAACUUAGUGCAUUAGUAACUGAUGUAUUUUUAAUACUAUCAAAUAAGACGGGACGAACAAGUCGUACGCUUGAUGGUAAGCUACACGCCUGUACAUAACAGUUGCAGUGCCAUUCGGGGCUUUAAAUCGCAAAGAUCUGAGUGGGCUGUCACUGCGCCUGUCACCUUGAGACAUAAGUUGAUAACUCCCAUGUACCUGUAAUUUCACCAGCACCCUACUAUACGGUUCCAAACCUGAACGCGGUAAUGCUUAUAUUACUGCGUGGCGGUAGAAACAAGUAAGGUGGCAGUACUUCCCUGGACGAACUCUUUCACAAGAAGCUCUACUGCAACUAACUAAUAUAUUUACAUCGCGUUGUAUUUAUGAGAAUUUAAUACAACUCGAAUAAAUACAUCACUGAAUAACACGAUGACAUACAACAACAGUAUUCGAAUAUAGUCGUAGAUUCCGCGUUUUCCCGAUGUGCCAUACAUACGACCUACAGUACUUCUUUUUACCGUAGCGCCACCUGUAAAAUUCUAUGAAAGUAUUUUCUUCUCUCGACACGGUAUGGAAUAUUCACAAGUUCGAGUUCUGUCAAGUUUUGUUUGUGUUCGAUCUUUGUAUUAAUAAUUAUUCAAGCUCCAUUUAUUUUAAAUACUUAAGCAAUAAUAAUCCAAAAUGUUCAGUUACUUAACCUAACUUUAGUAUUGUGUUAAGUUUAACAAACAAUCAAGGAACUGUAAACAUAUUUUAUUUACGGCAAUAUUAAUUAAAACGAUCAAUGAAAUGCAUGAUAUUUGUAUGUACGGAUUUGAGAUAUUUAAACGGGAACAAUAAUUUAAAGCUGUCUGUUGUUUAUGCUUAUAACAAGUGAAUAAUGUACUAAUAAUAAUAAAAA